AAACAGGAGCCAAUUGGAAGCCGAAAAUAAAAAGUACUCUUUGCCAUUGGCGCGGUAAGGCAAAGCCCUCAAUACCAGCAGAGUCGGACAGGGAUGUCACGGAUCCCAGUACCCUCGCACUCUAACCCCCAGCGUAAUCUCGGCCCUUCGUCGCCUGUCCCUUUUCCUGGACCGAACUCCGACCGUUCUCCUUCUCCUCUUCCUUCCCGUUUCAACCACAGUCAGAACGGUUCCGUGUCCAUGUCGUCGCUCUCGAAUUUCCAAAGCGAAACAAGGAGGAAACAGUCCAAGAGGGAUGAAGCCAUUCGCAAGAAGAUAGAGUCUGAACUCGCUCGAAAACGCACGAUUUCGACGACCCAGCACCAGCGGAGCAGUAAGCGCGGUAAUAGGUCGAAUGCGCAAAAGGGAACCGUCGCGGCGCUCAAGCCAGCCCCAGCCCUAACUGUUCCGGAGAACAUCACUGUCGCGGAAGCAAGUCAGCUUUGUGCUGCUAAACGAACGGACUGUGUUCUUGUCGUUGAUGAUGACGAGGGACUUAGCGGUAUCUUCACGGCUAAGGAUUUGGCGUAUCGAGUCACUGCGGACGGCUUGGAUCCUCAUCUCACUCCCGUGCAUCAAAUCAUGACGAGAAAUCCCAUGGUCACGCAAUCGACGACCAGCGCGACUGAGGCACUGCAAUUGAUGGUUUCAAGGCAUUUUAGGCAUUUGCCCGUCUGCAACGAAGAAGGGAACGUAGUUGGUCUUCUUGACAUCACAAAGGUUUUCCAUGAAGCACUGGGAAAGGUCGAGAGGAGUUCAGCUGCCUCCGAGCAGCUCUUUUCCGCGAUGGCAGGUGUACAGUCUGAACUUGGAUCUGUCUCUUCAAACCCACAAGCCGUCGCAAUGCUUGCUUGGGCCGAGAAGCUGCGCGAAAAGACGGCACUUCCGGAUCUCACCAGUCUCAUGGACUCGCGUACUCAACCUGCCAUGGUCGGACCAAAGACUACUGUUCGUGAAGUUGCCAAAUUAAUGAGGGAAAGGAAAACAACUGCUGUGUGUGUUAUGGAAAAUGGAUUGGGACCGAACAUGCCCGCUAAGAUUGCCGGUAUCUUCACCAGUAAAGACGUCGUUCUGCGUGUUAUUGCCGCCGGGUUGGAUGCAGACAGGUGUAGCGUGGUCCGGGUCAUGACGCCGCACCCUGAUACAGCGGCUCCUACCCUCACUGUUCACGAUGCUUUGAAAAAGAUGCAUAAUGGACAUUACCUCAAUCUCCCUGUUGUCGAAGCCGACGGACGUUUGGUGGCUAUAAUCGAUGUCUUAAAGUUGACAUACGCUACUUUGGAGCAGAUGAAUUCCAUGAGUGUUGAAGGUGGCCCUACCGACACAGAAGGCGGACCAAUGUGGGGUCGCUUCUUCGAUUCCUUCGAGGACUCAGAGUCGGCUCUAUCAGGAUCUCGCGUACGGACUGCACCAUCGAUGGGCAGUCUUUCUCACCUCAUGCCGCGUUCACCUCGUUCGCCUCAGUCUGAGGUUCACCCCAAUGACUCGGCUUCCGUCAUUGAUGAUGAGGCAUCCGUACUGGAGGAAUAUUCACGUAAAAAGAAUGCGGCGCAGGCCCCCGCCCCUGGACCUCUCCCUGUUGACGAUGGUACUUACGUCUUCAAGUUCCGUACACCUAGUGGCAGGACACAUCGCUUCCAAGCUCGUAACGACGACAUUGCACACCUGCGAGAGGUCGUCUCUGGAAAAUUAGCCGCAGAUCCCUUUUUCACCGAGUUCACAGCUGUGGAGGGCUCUGACAUACGGCCUGAUCCCAUUGAUUUCCAGCUGUCGUAUACUGACGCGGACGGCGAUACCGUUCUCAUCACCUCGGACCAUGAUGUUACUGACGCUGUGAAGAUUGCCCGGGCCUCGAAUUCGGACCGCGUUGUCCUGUUUGUACAGGGCGGUAAAGGCUGGGAUGAAGCUGGUGCAGGCAAUAAUGACGCCAAGGCUGAAGUUGCUGCUGCCCAAGAAAUCGUAGAAUUGGAGCUGUCAGAGGGCUUCAGAAAGGAAGCCCCUCCUCCUGUGCCGGCUCCGUUCGACCAAGUAAUGGGAAUACCGAGAGACCUGCUUUUACCGGCAAGUAUCGGGGCUCUUGCCGUUGCCAUUAUUGGGGUGUUCACUGUCUCUCGGUUAACGGCGUCGCAGUAUUAAUCUGGGACUAAAACGGGGGGAGCGCUAACUAAUUUUUUGUGGCAUUUGGGUUGUUCUAGCCACGUUAAUUUUUCACGACUUUCAACUUAUACCUAUGGAUGAAAUUAUGACCGAGAUUAAUGUAUCAUCUUUUCUUUCGUAUGUCCGUGAACAUCAGAGCUGGCGGCCAGACUGCAGCCAGAGCACUCUCAGUCUGGG